CUGUUUCGCGCAAAUAAUACAAAAUAAAAUUCCCAAGCGUAGUAUGAUACUUGUCCCGGAAGCGAGCAGAAGGUUGUUUGAAAAGGCUAUAUAUUGAAUGCGACGUAAGCGCGCGCGCACUGUCCGCUAAACCGCGGUUGCUGUUGACAGAUUGACCGUGACUUUAGAAAAGCAAAGAUGCGCCGUUUACUCCUAGCCGCCGUUGUGCUGGCCGUCGCACGAGCAAGACCAGCUCUCCUGUUCGCCCAGCCCUUCCAACCAAUAGGGAUCGAAUACGCUCAUACAUCAGUUCCAGCUGUGAGACCCCAUCCUGCCGUAGAACUGAACGCGGCGAGCGAAGCGCUCCUACCGCGAGAGUUGCUCAAAAGCCACGACUUUUACGACAACCCCGCUGUCGCUGCUGGCUUAGCUAAGGAGUCGUGGUUUACGAACAAAGAGAUGCAAGUAGUGGAACGAGAGGCUGAGAAGAUUCCUCGGGAGAGAAUCUAUCAUAUUGUAAAGAACGCUGGAUUUCUAGACAGGCAUUAGGGAGUUCGCCGGUUGUUUUUAAUGUCUCCUAAUUGACAAUAAGUAACAGAUUGGCUUAUUAAAGUUUUGUUGCUAAUUGUGAUUUUACCAACGAAUGAGUUAUGAUAAGGAACCUUAGAAUAAUUAAAGAACAUUAUAAAAUGGUGAACGAUGAUGUAAGAAAGUGGGAUUUUGCUUAUCAUAAAAAUGUUUACUUGUAUUUUUUUUAUAUAAAUAUCUAGGUACUUUCUCUUUGUGAAUGUGUAAUCUUUAAUCUUAUAUAAUAUAUCUUGUUCUUUCAUAUUGAUAUCUUUAGCAAGAUUUUUACUUAUUUUCAUUCAAGUUUUUUUUAUUUAAUUGAUACUUUUAUUAAAACCACCUUCAUAAUUAUGUAAUUAAUAAAGGUUGUAGAAACAAGUAGAAAUAAUAACAUUAGUUAAGUUUUAUAUAUUUUGAAAUGCAACGAUUAUUAUUAGAACGAAAAUUACUUUAUUUUUAUGGGUAUCAAUAGUUUGAACAAACUUUUGAUGUUUUGUAAAUAGUUUUCUAUAAUUAUCAUCACCUUGUUUAAGAUU